UUUGUUUUCCCUCUGUUAGUUGGCUUGUUAGCUUACCUUCUUCUCUCCCUCUCUCCGAGAUAAUGCUCGCAGCUCACUUCUGCAUCCGUACAAUCGCAAUCCCUACUUCUUGGAAUCAAACAAAUGCCACUCCUCCAAUCGCCUCUGCUUCCUUCCUUUGCUCCCCAAUUCGAUGGAGUAUCCGGACGAGGCGCCGCCGUCCUCUCAAUUCCAUCCUCAUUUCCUGCAAUUCUUUCCCUGGAAGUUCCCGUCCCCGAUCCAGUCCCGGCGACGAUCCCGACCACGAGUUCCUCGAAGCUUCUCUCCUUGUUCCAGAAACUGUAUCGCACUACCGGAUGCUGAAGAAAGGAUUUCAAGAAACGAAAUGGCAGUCUUCUAGGGAAUUGCUUCCCUUUCUUCCAAAGAGGGAACCUAUGUCUGAGCUUCUGGGACCAACGUUCCUCAGGAGUUUUCAGAGUCCUACAAUCUUUCUUAAGAUUUCUUGUGAUGGAGACUUCUUGCUACCAAUUCUUGUAGGAGAUUAUGCUAUUGAAAGAAUUAUAGAGGCCUUGUGGGGAGAUGAUAGUGGGGAUUCUCCAGAUCUAUUCCAGUUUGUGACAAAUGUUGUGGAAAAGCUAGGCUAUGAAGUUAAAAUGGUGAGGAUUACUGACAGAGUGAUGAAUACUUAUUUUGCAAAAUUAUACAUUGGAAAGCCAGGGGAAAGUGAUAUUCUAAGUGUGGAUGCUCGGCCCUCAGAUGCCAUAAACUUAGCUAACAGAUGCAAGGUAUGAACUUUUAACAGCUCAGUUAUAACUUAUAACAUUAAAAAUUUCAAAUAGUA